AGCUCCGCAAGACAACAGUGCAGCUGCUCAGCGGGUUUUGAAGCUACACAGGCACCAGCGCUUGUUGCGGAUUACAAUGAUUGCCACAACUCAACAAAACAUGACCACGGAGCUGGACCUGGGGAGUUCAGAUGGUCCCCCGCGUAACUGGAAGGGCAUAGGAAUUGCCAUGGUGGUGAUCCUGGCUGUAAUGUCUCUGGUCAUUCUCUCUGUUAUCCUCCUCACACCUGAUGAAUCUCACUUGUUACUCCGUUCCCAUCUCACUAUGGAGGAUCUGGAGAAUGAAGAGUUCAAAGUUCAUGACCCCAGUGUGGCAUGGUUGAACGAAAACGAAGUGGCUCUUCGCACCAGAGAAGGACACGUCCUGUCGUUCAGCCUCAACAGCAACCUCACCUCCACUCUGGUGGACAACAGCUCCCUGGAUCUGACCAAUACUAAGUUCCAAGUGUCUGCAGACAAGAGGUUUGUCCUCUUGGCAUAUAACAUUCGACCGGUGUUCUCUCAGUCCUUCACAGCCUCCUAUGCUAUCUACAAUGUGGCUAAUGGGGAUCUGGAGGAGCUUAACCCUCCGGAGGGGGAGAAGGCAGUGCUACAAUACGCUUCCUGGGGGCCUCAGGGGAGCCAGCUGGCCUAUGUGUUUGACGGAGAUGUCUACUACAAGCCGAGUGUCACAAGCAAAGCUCUGCGUCUCACAACCACCGACCUGGAGCAGAAUGUAGUCAACGGACUCUCUGACUGGACCUACGAAGAGGAAGUGCUCUUGACGUAUGUUGCCCACUGGUGGUCUAUGGACGGGGCACGGCUGGCGUACCUCACCAUCAACAACUCUGCCACACCGGUGAUGGAAAUACCGCACUUCCUAGGUGGUCUCUACCCCUCCAAUGUGGUCUUCCCCUACCCCAAGGCUGGCUCAAGUAUCCCAUCAGUCAGUCUGUUUGUGGUGAAUCUGUAUGGUCCAGCUCACACUCUGGAGAUGAUGCCUCCUGACUCCCUCAGGGCCAGAGACAGCUACAUCUCCAUGGUGACUUGGAUCAGCAGCACCCGCCUCGUGGUUCGUUGGCUGAACCGUGCCCAGAACCAAUCAGUGCUCUGCGUGUGCGAGGCCACCACAGGGGCUUGCUCAGAGAAGCACAAAAUGACAAUGGACAUAAUGCAAAACCAACGACAGGAUGUGCCCUUGUUUUCGGCAGACGGCUCUGUGUUUUAUACAAUCUUGCCCGCAAAACAGGGCGCUCGUGGAGAGUUUCACCACAUCGCCGGUCUCUCAGCCCAGCCUGCCAUCCCCUCCGUCCCUCCUCGCUUCCUGACAUCGGGGAGCUGGGACGUCACCUUGCUCUGCGCCCUCGAUGAGAAAGCUGGAAAAAUCUAUUUCCUGAGUGCAGAGGAAUCCAGACAGAGCAGACACCUUUACAGUGUGGACCUGGAUGGAGUGUUUCAACGCCGGUGCAUCACCUGCAACCUCAUAGAUGGAUGCCGCUUCUUUAAAGCUGAAUUCAGCCCCAAUCAAACCCACUUCACCCUUUACUGUCUAGGCCCUGGAAUCCCUAAAGUGACAGCUCAUAGUACAAAGGACCCCUCCAGAUACGUCGUCCUGGAGGAUAACAGCCCUCUAUCUAAAGCUUUGGAGGACAAGAGGCUCCCUGAAACUCUGUUCAGGACACUCCCAGCAGACAACCAUGAUCUUCACCUGAAACUAUCUCUACCUCAGGGUUACGAGGCCAACCUGCACCCUCUCCUCGUCAUUGUAGAUGGUGUUCCUGGCAGUCAGUCAGUGACAGAGGAAUUUGCCCUCGACUGGCCUCAGGUCCUGUCCGGCACACACAAUGUGGCCUUGGCCUGGGUGGACGGCAGGAGUGGGGUUGGCCGUGGACAGAAGACCACCUCUGUGGAUCCACGCAAGCUUGGCUCAAUUAGAGUCAAAGAUUAUCUUGGAGUUGUAGAGCUGUUGAUGCAACUGCCUUACAUUGAUGAUCGUCGGAUGGUGCUCUAUGGCAAGGCAUUUGGAGGUUAUUUAACUCUCAAGAUGUUAGCUGCAACAGAUAAGCUCUUUCAGUGCACGGCCGCUGUGGCACCAAUAACUGACUUCAGGCUUUAUAGUGCUGCAUUCUCAGAGAGGUAUCUUGGUCUUCCAGCAAAGGAGGAGCAUGCUUACUCGACUGCGUCUUUGCUGGAGGAAGUUAACAAGCUGAAAGAUGAGAACUUCCUUAUUCUCCAUGGAACUGCAGAUGCGAGAGUACACUUCCAACACAGCGCUGAGCUCCUGAGCCGGCUGGUGAGGGUGGAAGCCAACUACUCACUGCAGCUGUACCCAGACGAGGGCCACAUCCUGAGAGAGCCGCGUAGCAUCCAGCACUUCCAGCGGACAGUCGUGAACUACCUCCAAACCUGCUUGAAGCACAGCAUCCUCAUAGAUCCUGUAGAGGAUGACGAGGAAGAAGAUGACUGAGCCCAGAGCCCCUUCCCUCCUUCUAAAAGGAAUAUCUUUGGACUGGAUGCCAUUUUAUGCAUUACCUUGGGUCGGAUUACCAGGCACAAGAGCACAGGAGUGGGGACCAAACACAUCAGAUCACCUCCUACAACUUCUGGAAAAAUUGAUGUACUGUAAACCUUGUUGCACACAAUUAUUUCUGCUGUUCUACUGUAUGUUUGAGACUAUGUUUGUUUACAAAAUUCACUUUAGAUGAUGUGGACUAGAAGGCUACUGAUUCUGCCAAAGGGUUACAAAGAUUUUAAAACAUGCAUGUCAUAAUGGCUGCAUGAUGUGGAUUAGUUUGCAUUGCAUUGUCUGUGUUUUGCAGAUCUCAAUCUCACCCAUCAGGGUUCAAAGUGCGAGAAUCUGCCCACAGCUGGGAACACAUUGAAAGACUUAAAAAAAAGACUUUAUUGCAGGACUACAGGAUCACAUUCAGAUAAAUGCAGAUUUUAGUCACACAUAAUGAAACAAAUUGGACAUCUCUGAUACAAGAGAUUUUAAUUGUAGACUCUAAAAUAAGAUAUAAGCCUUCUGCUCACUGGCCUGGGCAGACUCUCCUCAAUCUUUAAAAUGUCCUUGUUAAUCCAGAGUUAGUUUAGGUCUUUUGCACAAUGUUCCUGGCUUGAAUAAAGGUAAAUAAAGCAUCUGGAUCAUCUAAAUGUGCCAAAUAUUAGUGGACUUUAUCCACUGGUUUUAGUAGCAUUACUUGCAUCAUGUGAUAAAGAAUGAGUAUGCAACUGUGACUAUUUAUACCACAAGCUCUCAAACAAGGACAAUUGCAAGAACUUCUAUGUAAGUAUCUUUAUUUACUGUAUUUGGAAGAACAUGUAUUUAUUUUGGUACAUCUUGGCAUUUAAAUCUUUCCUUGUGUAUUGCAGAAUUAAAUUGUUUCCUUGGACAAGUUGUUGAGCCUCAAGGCUUGUGGACAUUGGGCUUGACCAUCAAACUAUCAGCCAAACCACAUACUGGUAAACUGCAUGCAGUUGGUUUGAAAACAAAUGCCCUUGACUCUAGACAACUGACUA